AGUCAAUCUUUUUCUCAAUAAAUUAUGAGGGAAGGGAGAUUAGGGUUUGUAAUAUGUGUUUUGUUGUUGAUUUGUGAGUCUACAUUGGGUAGAUUUGUGGUUGAGAAGAACAGUUUGAGGGUGACGUCACCUCAGAAUCUAAAAGAUACAUAUGAAUGUGCAAUUGGUAAUUUUGGUGUUCCUCAGUAUGGAGGAACAUUAGCUGGAGCUGUUCUUUAUCCAAAAGCCAAUCAAAGGGCUUGCAGGAGUUUCUCUGAUGAUGUUUCCUUCAAAUUCAAAUCUGGCGCUGGCCUUCCUGUUUUCCUUCUUGUUGAUCGAGGCGACUGUUAUUUUACGUUAAAGGCAUGGAACGCACAGAGAGCCGGAGCCGCCGCUAUUCUCGUCGCCGAUGACAGGCCUGAGCCUCUGAUCACCAUGGACACACCAGAAGAAGAAAGUGCACGUUUCAAUUACUUACAGAACAUCUCCAUCCCUUCAGCCCUCAUAAGUCAAUCACUUGGGGAAGCGAUAAAACGAGCCCUAGAAAAGCCAGAAAUGGUAAAAGUAAACCUCGAUUGGAGAGAAGCUCUUCCUCACCCCGAUGAUCGAGUUGAAUACGAAUUUUGGACGAACAGCAACGAUGAAUGUGGGCCGAAAUGCGAUAGUCAAAAGAAUUUUCUAAAAGAUUUCAAAGGAGUCGCUCAAAUUUUAGAGAAGAAAGGGUAUACGCAAUUCACACCACAUUACAUCACUUGGUAUUGUCCUGAAGCUUUCAUUUUGAGUAAACAGUGUAAGUCUCAGUGUAUCAACCAUGGAAGAUAUUGUGCUCCUGAUCCUGAAGAGGAUUUCGCUCGAGGGUACGAUGGGAAAGAUGUUGUUAUCCAGAAUUUAAGACAGGCGUGCUUCUUUAAAGUCGCUAAUGAAUCUGGAAAACCAUGGUUAUGGUGGGAUUAUGUCACAGAUUUUGCUAUUCGUUGUCCCAUGAAAGAAGAGAAGUACAAUAAAGAAUGUGCAGAAGAAGUAAUCAAAUCACUUGGGGCUGAUCUGAACAAAAUAAAUGAAUGUGUGGGUGAUACAAAAGCAGAUAAGGAGAACCCAGUGCUCAAGGCUGAGCAGGAAGCACAGAUAGGUAAAGGUCCACGUGGAGACGUGACAAUAUUGCCAACUCUCAUAAUAAAUAACAGACAGUUUCGAGGUAAGCUUGAUAAAGGAACUGUUUUGAAGGCCAUUUGUUCAGGAUUUGAGGAGACAACUGAGCCAGUUAUUUGUUUAAGAGAAGGAAUAGAAACAAAUGAGUGUAUGGAAAACAAUGGUGGAUGCUGGAUGGACAAAACUUUAAAUAUCACAGCAUGCAGGGAUACUUUCAGGGGGAGAGUUUGUCAAUGCCCGAUUGUUCAGGGUGUAAAGUUUUUUGGUGAUGGUUAUAAACACUGUGAAGCUUCGGGAGCUUUACCGUGUGAUCUUAACAAUGGAGGCUGUUGGAAAGAUACCCAGCAAGGCAGGACUUAUUCCGCUUGCAUUGAUGAUCAUACAGAGGGUUGCAAGUGUCCACCAGGAUUCAGAGGGGAUGGAGUAAAAAAUUGUGAAGACAUUGAUGAAUGUGAAGAGAAGACAGCUUGUCAAUGUCCCAACUGCAAAUGCAAGAACACAUGGGGUAGUUACGACUGUAAAUGUGGUGGCAAUAUGCUUUACAUUAGAGAACACGACACGUGUAUAAGUAAAGAUGCUAUAUCGGGAGUGGGUUGGGGAUUUAUGUGGGUCAUCAUUCUUGGUAUGGCAGUUGCUGGAGUUGCUGGAUAUGCCUUCUAUAAAUACAGAAUUCGGACAUACAUGGAUUCUGAGAUCCGGGCUAUCAUGGCACAAUACAUGCCAUUGGACAAUCAAGCUGAAAUUGCAGUUCACGCAUCACAUGGGAACGUGUAAAAGAAAACAAAAAAGAAAAACAAUUUGUGAAAAGUUGGCACAUUGAUCCGAAACCAACAUCUAUGUGGUUAAAGAAGUGUACUAUUUAUUUUAUUACACAUCUACAGAAUUUUCACUAAUCUACACACCGGAUCAUCCCCAGGGUUGUUUGUAAGUUUAGAUAUAGAUUUCUUUUAGUUUAUUAGAAUAAUAAAUGUGGUCGACUUUGUUGAUGAUGCAAGAUGUAUGACAAGUCGAUGGUUAAAUCAUGGAAGAGUUUAGAA